AUGUCCCACCCGCACCUGACCUCGCUGGUCUUUGAUCGCACCGGCACGGAACUGCUCGCGAGUUAUGGUGGGGACUACAUUUAUCUGUUGUCUCUGGCUGGCGGGACGGAUGGUGUCACGCUCACGGAGGGAAUGGAGAUGGAAGGCGGAAUCCGCGCGGCCUCCCCAACGCGACCGCAGCGCGGUGGUGACGAGGGAGACUGCGGCGAUAUGAUGAACAGCCAACCGACGACCUCUCCGCCGAAGCGAAAGCGAAAGCGAACAAGAAGCGAGGAGGCUGUGGAUAUGGACGAGGACGAAGACGAUGAGAAGCGACAGGAAGUGAAUGACGAGAACGAAGAAGACGAUGAAAUGGAUGAACAUAGUGAACGAGAGGAGGACGAGGAGGAUGAAGAGGAGGAGGAAGGCGAAGAGGAGGAUGACGACAUCAGCUUUUUGACUGAUGACGACGACGACGAUCCCUGGGCGCUGCAGGACGACGCAGACAGCGAACUGGACGAAGAUCCGCGAAUCCGCAAUCCCGACGUGAGCAUCGAGUACGAGAGGCAAUGGAAGGGCCACCUCAACGUGCGCACCAUCAAGGAGGUCAACUACUUCGGACCCAACGACCAGUACAUCAUCUCAGGAAGCGAUGAUGGCCACAUCUUCAUGUGGGAGAAACAGACGGGGAAGCUGGUUCAACUCCUCAAGGGCGAUGCGGCUAUUGUCAACUGUGUUCAAGGCCACCCACUGGGCUACCCGACGCUGGCUGCGUCGGGGCUCGGCCACGACAUCAAGGUGUUCAUGCCGGUUGCUAAGUCCGCAUGCUGCCUCGAUCACGCCGAGCGGGUCAUGGACAAGAACACCCACACCUUGGAACACGGACGAUCGCUCACGCAGUCGGCUCUCACGGAGGAGAUGAUGCAGCGGCUCAUUGCCUUCAUGCGAGAGGACGAACGGGAGGACGAACCCGAGGCACAGGCCAGCCAAAACUGCGUCCUCUCCUGA